CCAGUGGCAACAUGGGACAACAAAGAAGACACAUGUCCAAUAUGUUUGUCUGAUUUUACUAAUAAGAAGCAACUGAAGUGUAAACAUGCAUUUUGUAAGGAGUGCCUGCAAAGUGCAGUGAAAUCAUGUGGACCCAUCUGUCCAAUUUGUAAGGAUGUUUUUGGUGUGAUGAAGGGAAACCAACCUGAUGGAACAAUGACUUUUAGUAGAAAUCCUUCAUCUCUACCUGGAUUCCCAAAUUGUGGCCAAAUAUGCAUCACCUAUCACAUUCCAAGUGGAAAACAGACGAAAAAUCAUCCAAAGCCUGGUCAGUACUAUGGAGGAACUACCAGACAUGCAUAUCUUCCUGACAACAAAGAGGGAAAUGAAGUUCUGCUUCUCCUGAAAAAAGCUUUUGAUCAGAAGCUGAUUUUCACUGUUGGGACUUCUAGGACAAGUGGGGCCGAUAACAUGGUGACCUGGAAUGACAUCCACCACAAGACGUCCAUGACAGGAGGACCAGAGUGUUACGGGUAUCCAGAUGAGAAAUACCUGAGCAGAGUCAAGGAGGAGCUGAAGGCCAAAGGCAUUGAGUGAAGUUUUUGUUUUACAUUUAGUGAAACUUUAGUUCAAAAAUCUGACAAAUUGAAUUUCCACAUUUUGUUCCAUCAUGUUAGAUAUUUUAUAAUAAAUGAAACUUAAUGGUUACUUUGAAGUUCACUGAAAGCUGAAGACUUUCUAUCAAAAUAUAACUAAACAAAUCAGUGUUUU